AUGCGAAGUGAUCAAGCACACAACACAGUCGAAUUUAAGGCUGAGGCAGAAGUAGCUGCUUUGAACCGUCGUAUGACACUGCUCGAAGAGGAACUCGAAAGGGCUGAAGAACGUCUGAAAUUGGCAACUGACAAACUUGAAGAGGCGACACAUACGGCUGAUGAAUCUGAGCGUGCUCGUAAAUCGAUGGAAACACGCUCACAACAGGAUGAGGAACGUGCCAACAUACUUGAGGUUCAAGUUGAAGAGGCGAAAGUGAUCGCUGAAGAGGCCGAUCGCAAAUACGAAGAG